CUAGCAUCGGUUAGUGGGACGGGCAGGGGUAUGCUCCCAUGCAAGAACGAGAGACAAGCUUUAGCUACCCAGGUACACUUUGGAUGUACCGGGUCGGCUCUUACCGUUACAUCAUAAUCAUGGGUUGAACGCGUGUGUUGCAGGAAGUUGCGGGAGCAGGACUUUCUGAGUUGGCAGUCAGGGCAAUUACCUAUUAACUAAUCUUUCCAAAAUAUGUAAUAGACCAGUUACCUGAUUUUUGGUUCCCAGUUUGGACCUAAACCUUACCAACAAUUUACUACUACACCAAGAGCCGCACCCAAACCACCUUCACAACCUUCUCACGCAGAAGCUACUUCAAAAGAUUAAUAUUAAACUCGAGUCUCUUAAGAAGGAAAACCUAGUCAAAGAUUACAACUCUCCUGCCUCGCCUUCAAACAACCUUAUCUCAUAGAAAGAGACCCCAAGUCCAAAGCUUAAGCCAAAGUUACGACGACCAUUCAUUGUUGAAAGGCUAAAGCUUCGCAUCGAAACUACCUUUUCACGAAUUCUCAUUAAUUAAAAAACCAAAAAAAGAAAAAAAUGUCUGAACGCCCUUUAGACGCCAUCAAGCGGGCCACGAAGGCCGCCGAUCGUGCUCCUCAUCUUCGCAAGAAGAACCGCACGAGUGCCGACAUAGUUGACGCCCUAGACACAACCGGCUUCGGCGGCAUCUAUCACCACGACGGCCCCUAUGACGCCACGCUUGCCGCCCGAAACAGAGAUAAGAGAUACGCUCCCAUAGAGGCUGUCAAGUACGGCAAUAUGGAAGCUCUCAAGGCCACGCCCCGAGAGAAUGUCAUCGAUUCCUUGGAACGUCACGUCCCAUUGCAAGGCACAGCCACAAUCCCGCCUGGAGGGCUGGACUACAGCGGCCACGUCAUGCAGUACGAAGAAGGCCCCGAUCUCAUGCGGGAAGAGGAUGCUCCCGGUGGUCCGUACAAGCGGUGGGAUCACAUUAAGUACCACCCCAACGACCUAAAGGGCAAGGGCGAACCAUCCUACACCGUCCAGGAAGACCUCAAGCGCCAGAAGCAUCUACAACGCAAAUCCCUCAACCGCCGGACCGAUGGCGCCUUUGAGAUGCAACCCACUACAACUGGUCGCAGCACCGCCGUUGCUGGUAAAUCGGGUGGCGUCGCUGCCGUCCGGCCGCGUAGCGCCAGCCUGGAACCUACUGCGGGUCCGUCCGGCAGUAGUCCUAGGGGAAAGCGCCUUGGUGACGGCAUCAAGAGACGCAUCGGUAGCAUUCGGCGAAAGCAUGACGACGUCUAGAUGCUUCCGUCCUAUGUGGGGGCGGGGUGCUCUUGCCGUCGCCGAUAUCUCACAUACUGGCCGUUCGAUGGGAUUACCCAAAAAGGGUUUUUCUCUUUCUUUUGUCAUUAUUAUCUUGAGGCGUUAGGGUGAUAUAGAGACAGGAUUGCACCGCGACGGACUAGGAAUUAUCGUGCUCAUGUGUGGUUUAUUAAGGAGUCCAGAUUCUGAAAGUUUUAUUGGUGCAGAUUGCGGGUGGAACAGACCCGAAGGGCAGGAUAGAUAGGUAUGGCGAGGUCGGGAUAGUUACCUACCUCCUGAGUACUGGGUCGGAUUUAUAAAUCUGGGAUGCUACGGGGGAAAAUAUAAGAAAGGCUGUGCCCAUAUUUCACUGGUACAUGGUAUUUAAGCCUCAGGGGAUAUGAACGGUGGAUUAGGUUUGGCUUGGUUUAAUUUCUCUUCAAUUUUUUCUCAUGCGUAGCAAGGCCAACGAUAUCUAAUGAUUAUGAGUUUGGUAGAGAUGCAUAGCAUGGAUUAGGAUGAGGUCUUACUGGUAUAGUGAGAACCUGAUUCAAAAGAAAGAGUCGAUAGAAGAGGGUCCAAAAAGCUAUUCUUUAUGCCAAUGAAGAAAUAUAACAUCACCUCACGGACAAGCAAGUAAUUUAUCAGUCACC